GAGUGGAUAGCAUCGUCUGACCAAAGUGCUUCUUUCUCCUAUUGAUCGAAGAAUCCAUCUUCCUUCUCUCUUGUUUUAUAAGCUUAUCAUCAUUCAUUCUGUUUUAUUACGACUUUUAAGGAGCAGAUGAUUGAGUGGAUAACAUUGUCUGACCAAAGUGUUUCUUUCUCCUAUUGAUUGAAGAAUCCAUCUUCCUUCUCUCUCGUUUUACAAGCUGAUCAUCAUUCAUUCCGUUUUAUUACGACUUUUAAGGAGUUGACGAUUGAGUGGAUAGCAUCAUCUGACCAAAGUGCUUCUUUCUCCUAUUGAUUGAAGAAUCCAUCUUCCUUCUCUCUCAUUUUAUAAGCUGAUCAUCAUUCAUUCCGGGAAAUGGCAGAUGCUGUCGUCCGUAUUCUCCUAGAUAAUUUGGUGUCAUUACUUGAAAGCGAAGGUCGACAACUACUUGAAUUUGAUGACCGGUUUGAAGAAACAACGCAGGAGCUAAAGUAUAUGCAGAGCUAUCUCAAGGAUGCUGCUCAGGUGAAGAUAAAAGAGAGGAAUGAGACUUUCAAGACAAUAAUGAGAGACUUAAGAGAGCUGGUAUAUGAUGCUGAGGAUGUAAUAGCAGAUUGCCAUCUUCAAUUCCAUAAAAAAGACCAAGGGUGUGCACCCAAUUUUAUUAGUUAUUGCUCUCCUGCCCUUUUGAAAUCCCGCCGUCGGAUGGGAAAGCGGUUGAUGGAAACAAAUAAAAAAAUAAAAGUGGUGCAAGGGAAGAUGAAUUCCUACUUGCAAACAGCUCCUCGUCACACUGGCAAAGAUGAAGAUGGUAGGAAUAUGCCAUUGACCUACCCAAUCCUAAUGCAUGAAGCUGAAAUGGUAGGAUUAGAAGAUGACUCAGGAAAGGUUAGAAAUUGGAUCUUAAAAGCAGAUGGACCCUCAACAAUGAUUGGAAUAGUUGGAAUGGGGGGAAUCGGUAAAACCACACUCGCUCAAAAGAUAUGUCAUAGUGAGAGUGUGAAAAACUCUUUUCAUCACUUGGUUUUUGUUACUGUUUCUCAAAGUUUCAAAUUGGACGAAUUGCUAAAGAAGAUGUUAAAAAAGCUAGAUGUAAAAGAGGAAUCUCUGAGGGGAAUGGAUGUUGAGGAGCUAUUGGAAAGUCUCAACAGGAAAUUAGAUGCAAAAUACUUGGUAGUUUUGGACGAUGUUUGGCAAACAAAUGAAGGGAUGUGGUGGGAUAGCUUGAAGUCUGGUUUGCCCCGAGUGGAGGGUAGCUGCGUUAUUGUUACAACUAGGAAUGAAGAGGUUGCUAAAUCAAUGGGAGCUGAUGGCAGACACAUACACUAUCCCCAAACUCUUUCAAAAGAAGAUAGUUGGUCCUUGUUCAGUAAAGUAGCUUUUGCAAGAACUGGAGGUAAGUGCACAAAUCCAGACUUGGAGGGCUUGGGAAAGGAGAUUGUUGCGAGGUGCGGGGGACUGCCAUUAACAAUCAAGGUUGUGGGUGGAAUGAUGCUGGGGAAGAGUGAUUAUAUCCAUGAAUGGAGGGAAAUAUUAGAGCGCGAGGAGUUGGGAAUCGAUAAGAAAGAUGAACUGAUCAUUUCGAGACUACAGUUAAGCUACGAAGAGCUCCCAACACACUUAAAACCUUGCUUUUUGUGCUUUGCCGUGUUUCCUGAAGAUUUUGAAAUUGAUGUUCGUGACAUGGUUAACUGGUGGAUUGGUGAGGGUUUUGUUUGGGGAAAAAAUGGAAAAACAGCAGUUGAGAUAGGAAAAGAAUGUUUUUCAGAAUUAUGUAAUCGAUUUUUGAUACUUGGAGUUGAUAAAGAUUUGUUCGGGAGAAGCUAUGUUAGGUGCAAAAUGCAUGAUAUGGUUCGAGAUAUGGUUAUAAGAAUUGCAAGAGAAGAGAGCUUUUUUGUGAGGUUUGACUGUGGAGGUAGUCCCGCAUUCAGUGAGCAGUCUCGUCGUUUGGGAAUUGUGGGGAAUACAGCUGUAGAGAGCAUCGGAAACAGUCCCACCAAGCUGCGGACGUUGGUAGGGAUGGACAUUCAGAGCAAAGAGAUGAUUGCAAGUGUAAAAGCAAAACUAUGCAAAGUAAGGUGGUUGAGGGUGUUAUCUCUUUCAUUGUCAGACAGUGAUCUCGAUGGUGAUGUGGUGUGCAGCGAUUGGUUGAGUGGGAUAGGGUCAUUACAGCACCUCGUUUAUCUUAACAUAGAGAGUAGUUCUGCCUUAAUAUCACUGCCCGAUUCAAUCGGAAAUCUUCGCAAUCUUCGGAUUCUACGUUUAUCGGACUGCCCGAAUUUGAAAAGGCUUCCUGUGUCAAUCACAACAUUAGAGAAGCUAACCGCUAUCCAAAUCCUUCCACCUCAUUCUUUAGAAUGCAUGCCGGAAGGGCUUGGAAAGCUUUCAAAUCUCGAACGGUUAGUACGGUUUAGUCCUGUGAAUAAAAAUGGAUCCGGUAUUUCGGAGUUGAAGAGCUUGACAAAACUUAGAGAACUUAGGAUGGAGAUAAAGUCAGUUGAAGAAAUAGAAGAAGGGGAAUGGAAUGUAUUAUCAAUGCUCCAGCAUCUGCAAAUUCUAUGGUUACAUUUUGGGGAAAUUUCUGUUGAAAGAGAUGGAGUUGUAAAUAAGAUUGAAGGUGAGCUUUCUCCUCCUCUUAAAUCCCUCAGAGAGUUGUAUCUUUAUAAUUGUCCAGGAGAAAGGACACCUGCGUGGCUCAGUCCUACUUCCCUUCCCAAUCUUCAGUUUCUUUACAUUAAUGGUUACGCGGGAAGGAUUAGGGAGAUGGGUCCCAGAUUUUGGGACAGCGAGAGUGGGGUAUGGAAAGUGGAGGUCUUGGUGCUACAUUUUUUGCAAGAAUUGGAAGAGGAGUGGCAGAGGAUGCGAAGGGCAAUGCCGUCUUUAAGACUCCUCAAGGUUUGGGACUGUCCGAAGCUCAAGUCAUUCCCAUUCGAUGUUACAGUUGAUACUUGGAAGGAGAAGAAAUGGAGGAAAGAAGAAGAAGAUUCAGGACCAUCAGAAUGGGAGAUUAAUGUGGCAUGACUUGAAGAAAGGCAAUUUCUGUCAUCUAAUGGCAAUUCCAAAUUCCUUGCACUUAUCAUCUAAGUUUUGUCAUCCAACAAUACGUAAGGUUCAUCAUGCGCUUUCUCCUUUAAAUUUGUUAGCUCUAGUGUAGCCAAUAAACCUUUGGAAUUUGUACUUUCUAUAUCUACUGACAAAAUCUGUUUCCCUAUUAGAUACAUUUCAUUGAUGAUCUUAGUAGAUUUUCUUUUGAAAAGCUCUUUUUUUUUGUACUUUUUGUUUUUUAAUGGAAAAGCAUUUCAUUGAUGAUGUUAGUAGAUUUACAUGGUAUUUUUCCUUGGUAUGCAAUUAGUGUUUGUUCAAAGAUUUAAAUUGAACAGUGAGAAUAUGUUUUGCAUAAUCAAAAGGAUUCAAACUAAUGGUGGCAGUUAAUACAUGAAGUUCAAAACCUUUCUUGAAAUACAUGGCAUUAUUCUCUGCUUCUCUGUUCCUGCCUCAUUAAUUCUCUGUGGUGACCAAUGCCCCAAUCCCACCUGUUACGCCAUUCAAUGCUAUUUUUGUUUUUUAAGUUUUUCU